AUGUCUUCGAUUCAUGACCUUCCAUGUGAAAUGCUCAGAUCAGUAUUCGAGAAUGUCAAUUCUCAAGAUGUUCCAAUGCUCCGGACAGUCUGUUCAAUGUUUAACAAUGUUAUCAAAACCAACUACUGCUUUUUGCCUCGUGUUGCGUACCUCGUCAAAAUCUUCUCAGAAAAUGGUCUAAUCAUGAUUGCCAAUAUGAAAUCCGGAGAUCUGAACGGAUGCACACAGAAUCUGUUCGAGUUUGAUUUCAAACAUUGGAGAGAGAUUGGAAUCGUAGAGCUGGAAUUUGAGAAUAUCAAGGAUUGUGAAUCAGAGACUGUGGACCGGGCAAUUAAUUUGGUCCUGAAUGAGAUGAUCAAAACAAAGCAAUGUCAAUUGAGAAAGUUGACUUUCACAAACGUCGAACUUUCUAAUAAAACCGCAGCUGUUACACAGGGACUAUUAGAUGCAGCUUUGAAACAGUGCGAGAAUGUGACAGUUGAAAACUCAAUCCUCCCAAUCUCCUUCCAACCCGAGUCUCUUAAUUCAGCAAAGUUUGAUCAUUUCCGUUGGAUCUCUUCCACUGGAACUUCCCCACUUCCAUCUACUCAAAUCCUCAAAAAACUCCAGAAUGAUAUGAAAGCAGCAGUUAACAAGAGAUCAUUUCUCGCGGAGAUGGGCUCGGUAACCGUAGAAGCUGCGUGUGAUUUCCUUGAGGAAUGGCUUCGCUUGCCAAUAGCAUCAUUCUUUAAUCUGUCGUUCCACAAUUGCGAUGAUACCUGGAAAACACGUUUCUUGGUGGAAUGCGAGCGCCGCGGUUUGACACACAAUUACAUGGAAUUCCAGUCCAGAACACAUACCAAUGCACACGUCAAAGUUAGCUUUUCACAGGAUGCCAGAACAUGUUGCAUUUGGCCAGUAUUGGAUGUUCCAGCACGUACUACCGGCCAAUCCGUUUGCUAUGCUCGCUAUUUCAGAGAUUUCUAG